CAGUUGUCAUUUGCCCGCGGCCGACGGUGAUGGACCUCCAGUAUGAGAAAGUGGAGAUUUAAGAAAUGUCAGAUACGUUUGUCAUAAAGUCACACGUUCUUAACAUCAGUUCCAUCUACUUUUAAUUUCUCUGCAUAUAAUUGUGUACAGGUAGCCGUGUUUCGCCUUACCUGGUCGGAAGUUGCGAGGGCUACACUGGACUUUAUCGGUGUAUAUUCACAUACCUAGGAUGGUUACUUCUUAACAAUUUUUACUGGGAGACGAUUUCAUCAACUUUGAUUCAACUGAAAGGAAAAUGGAAUUAUCAAAAGAGUUUUACCAGUUUGUUGUUUUGAUCUCCGUUUUAGGAUGUGUUUUGGCUACGUCGCCUUCCACUUGUUACAAGUGUCAACACGGCGACAUAUGCAAACCUCCUAAAUGUGUAUGUUGUGGAAAAGAUAUGCCUCUUGAAAAAUCCAAAACCCCACAGAUGGUUUUCUUUACUUUUGACGACGCAGUCAAUACAUACGUGGCCAGUUUUUAUAGAAAACUGUUCGACUCAAACCGUAGAAAUCCAAACGGAUGUCCGAUUUCCAUGACAUUAUUUAUUUCGCACGCCAAUACUGUGUAUUCGUUGGUGAGGGAAUUUUAUCAGAAAGGAUUUGAAAUAGCAUCUCACAGUGUUACGCAUAGCCAACCCAACAUAAAAACGUUUAGAAAUGAAGCAGAAAAGCAGAAAGAAAACUUAGCCAGAAAGGCCCGGGUUCCAAAGUCCGAAAUCCGUGGAUGGAGAAGUCCGUUUUUGAAACCAAUGGGGGAUGCACAGCCAAACAUUCUCCAGUCCCUUGGAUAUUCAUACGACGCUACCCUUACUAUCAGUAAACGGAAGCAGACAGAUCGAGCACCCCUUCCGUUUACUCUGGACUACGGAUGGCCCUACGACUGUAAGAUCAACCCUUGUCCAAAAUCAGCACACAAAGGUUUCUGGGAAGUGCCUGUUGUUUCUGUUAGAGACUAUUUAGGUAAAUAUGACUGCGUGUAUGUCGACGGAUGUAAUAACCCACCACCCGAUGAAGAGUCUGCCUACAACUUCCUGUGGGAAAAUUUCAACAGUUAUUACAAGACCAACAAGGCACCCUUUGGCAUCAACAUGCACGCUGCAUGGUUUUAUGUACCCGACAGAUUAAAGGCAAUGGACAGAUUCAUCAAAGAUUUGUUGAAAUUAGAUGACGUAUACAUUCUUCCUGUUAAACAAGUUAUAUCAUGGUUAAAGACACCGACCCCGUUGGCGGAGUUAAAGGACUUCAAACCAUGGACAUGCGCCAACCCCCGUGAAAGAUCUGCUCCAAAACUUCAAGCAAAGGGAUUUUUUGCAGAUACAGGAAGACAUCACAGUAACAUCAACGUACCUGAAAGACAGCCUAAAAUUUCUCGCCAUAGGAAUGUUAAGCGUAAUCAAAGGAAGAAAUCGCAUGUGUGGCAACAAUCGCACGUACGAGACAAGUCACACGCAGUGCAGCGAUCACACCAUACUGGUAGAUCACAUUCAAAAGUAAGGCCCAUUUUACACACUCCUUUGGAAAAUUCCUACCUUUUUCAGCGUAUGCAACGUAGAAAAGCUGUACGAAAAAGUCGUAUCACUACAACCAUUCCUCCUCUGCCAAUGCCGAAUCCGUUGAUUCCAAAACCACCGACGAAAUUUUUGAAGAAGAGCAAAACGUCUCAAGACUUAUUUGCCACACCCCUCUAUUCUUGGCAAUCGGUUCUUACAAAUGUGGUUAGUAAGGAGUCGAAGCAAUCACGUCACCAGAAAAUGCCGGAGCGAGUAAGUCAUCAUGGCAAUCAACACAGCCACACGAAAACAAAUCGUAUUCCUCAUAAAAAUAACGUUCAUCGAGUUGUGAAUAAAGGCAGAAAAGGGACCAACAUAAACACGCAUACUGGAGAGAGUAAAUCUUGGAACGCAAUGAAAUUUGAACACAUCAUAACUACCACAACCAAAAGACCAAGUACGACACAGAAAAAAGACAUACAAAUAUUAGAAACAAGUACAGUUUCAACCAAAGUUAGUCAAAUGGGCCGUCCCGUGCCAAUGGCAACUUCGAGUUCCCCUCAAAAUCAGAACUUGGACUUGCCUCAAAAUUUCGGGUUGAAAGUCGAUUUUCAACUUGUUGGACCAUGGGAUACUAAAAAGGUCAAGACAGAGUCCCCGGCUUUAUCGUCUUUACAUGAGUGGAUAGAAACGCAAAAGAAACAAACAGAUACAAAUUUCAAUUCAACUCAGGGCAAGACUGUUCUAUUAAAACCCAACGGAUUUUUCAACGAAAGUAAAAACUUUUAUACAGUCGAGACAACGGAAAAGAGCAUUGUAAAGCAAGAGAAUGGUAAAACCUUACCCACUGCAUUAGAUAAGAAAGAUGCAUUAACUGAAAGAAAAUCUUCAACAUCAAUACAACAUACAAAGGAAAUGAAAUGCAAACAAGGUGUGAAUUGUCAACUUCCGGAGUGUUUCUGCGAAACCACUAAUUAUCCAACAAACAUAAGCCUCACGGAAAUACCUCAAAUAGUUUAUAUUACCAUCGACGGUGACCUUAACUUUCUCACAUAUUCUAAGAUGAAAACCUUAUUCCAGAAAAGCAGACGAAAUCCGAAUGGAUGUCCCAUAGAGGGCACUUUCUUUGCCAACGGAAGAGGGACAAGCUAUCGUUUAGCUAACAUAUUAUACAAGGGUGGAAUUGAAAUCGGUCUGAACGGGCGACAAACAUCAGCUUACACUUCUUUAAAAAAAUUGCAGUCGGAUAUAAAUCAGCAAUCGGAACACUUCGGUAUCUAUUCUGCUAUCCCUGAGGAAAACAUUAAAGGAUGGCGGUCUCCAGAACUUUCUGGAGAAAUGAUGGCAAACAUUGGCAUCUUACGCAACAGAACAUUGUAUGACUCAUCACUUGUUCUACGAGACUAUGCUGGUCUUAAUAAAUCAAAACCAUGGCCAUUUACAUUAGAUUUUGGCAUAGAGAAAUGUGAAGGAGAAAAGUGUUCCAAUAAGGAGAACAAAGGGAUAUGGGAAGUUCCUGUUAUUCCGAUGACGUCACUUCAUGAUGAGACAUGCGCACAUACUGAUAAAUGCAGGGCCCCCAAAACAAAAGAGGAAACUGUUGACUAUUUGAUGAAAAACUUUAAUUCGUACUAUAAGACAAAUAAAGCCCCGUUUGGAAUCCAUUUAUCUCGCGAGUGGUUCUAUUGGUACAACAAUAGAAAUUUUGCAGGACUUGCAGAAUUCAUAAACACAAUCUUGAGUUACAAAGAUGUAUACAUCGUAUCGGUGUCUAAUUUAUUACAAUGGAUGACAGAUCCAGUUUCAUUAACCUCAGCGAAAUCGUUUGUAUCUUGGAGAUGUUGAUGUGUUGACAGCGAGGAAGUGGUGUGUAAAUGGUCAUUUUAAUUUAUUAUGCUUUGGAUGGUGUUAUGAUUCUAAAAUAAAUCUUUAAAACAUUAA